AUGAUUCGAUUGCGGGAAAUUUGCAACGCUACUCCUACGGCUACUACGACUGCAGGAUCGGAUGCGGACGGGCCGGUUGUAACGGACGCACCGAGACUGGUUCCGCUGGACUUGGAGAUGCAGCGACGCAGGAGACGGACCGUGAAGCGACAGAACUUUCCUGAUUCGUGCGGAAACGUUGGCAACGAUGUGCUGUCGUGUUACCCGACAGAGGGCAUGACUGUUGUCCAAGGCAGCUGGACCCGGUUCGGAACUCUCGAUCCAGAAUACAUUGGCUAUGGCAACUUGGACAUCUAUCUCUUCCAUGCUGACUCGCGGGUAGAGGCAUUCAAGUGGUCGAAUGUUCCCAACGACUCUAACUGGGUUGGUGUCUCUGUCAAUGACUCGUUCUGGGGCACACGCGGUGUCACUGGUUGGCGGGACGGCCAGAACCAGUCUAUGCCCUUUUACUUUGUCGCUACAGAUGCCGGCGCUGCUCUUGACGGCGGCGAACCCCGCCAGGCAACGUUCACUGCGUCUGAGCUCAGCCGCAAGUGGCCAUUGCUCUCCUCGUCAUUCUCGGAAUCCUCGCCCUUGCCGCCCUCAUGCUCUUGGCAUGGUUCUCCGCACGCAACCUCCGCACCCGCCAACGACGCAGGCAGUCUACCGGCUCUUCCACACCCAUCAUGGGUCUCCCCGCCUCCCAGGCCCCACCCGAAUCCACCAUCUCCCCAUCGAACAUCCCCGGCCUCUAUCGUCGGUCGUCCUGUGUCUAUCAGACGAGGUGGAUCGCUGUCAACGCCAACGUCAACGACGGUGCAUCCACCCGUUCCGGCGAAACAGGGCCCAUCUGGCCAAGACGCCGCCAUCAUGGCUUCCGCCUUUCGAGCCAUGCUACGCAAACCCGAUUUCGCUAGUCGGCCCGAGGAAGAGGACGAGAGUCCGGAAGAAAGAAAUGUGCGUGAUAUGAAGGAGCAGCUUGCAGAGGAAGGCCGCGAUAUACAGAGUGUCAGGAGCGAGCGCGGCGUCAGGGUUCAUAAUACCGCCGAGGACGGCAGUGAAGACGGUUGGGGCCGGCCCACGACUCCACGACGAUGA